GUGGCGCCGGGCGGUGGGAGCCCGGCAUGGAUCCUCUAGCGAGCGGGACCCUGGCGCCGAGAGUCGCGGGGCCGCCUCCGGGCGCCCCGCUGCCCAGCGCGAGGGCGUCUCUCCCCGGGCUGGAGGCUGGCUUUGCCACAGAUUACCAUUGUGGUCAGAAGAGAGAGAGUGAAACCACCACGGAUCAACUAGCCAGUGGAGCCCAAAGCACCCAUAGUGAUAUUUGUACCCAUGGCAAGGGCACACACUGUGGAGAGGAAGGCUUUGCUGAGGAGGCUGAUGGGGAACUGAAGGCCUGGGAGCUAUCAGAAGAAACACGCUGUCCACCCAGGGAACAGACUGCUGAUCUUUUUAAUGAAGACUGGGACUUGGAGUUGAAAGCAGAUCAAGGGAAUCCUUAUGAUGCUGAUGAUAUCCAGGGGAGCAUUUCUCAAGAGAUCAAACCAUGGGUGCGCUGUGCCCCACAAGGAGACAUGGUCUAUGAUCCCAGUUGGCACCACCCACCUCCACUGAUACCCCAUUAUUCAAAAAUGGUCUUUGAAACGGGACAGUUUGAUGAUGCUGAAGACUGAAGGCAGCAAUGCACUUUCUACUUUGUGUGGUAGGUACAAGGGAUUGAACCCAGGGUCUCACACAGGCUAGGGAAACUACUGAGCUCUCCACUUAAUAAUAUCUAUUAUCUGAAAUCAGUUUCACAUACAUUUUAACUGGGUGUUUAUAACUUGUUCUUA